CCGGAGCCUGCGUCGGCGCCCCAGCGGCGGCAUGGAGGAGGUGCCUCAGGGAUGUCCCGGGACCGGCACCGCCCAGGCUGGCCAAGGGGCCUCCUGCCAGGGGUGCCCCAACCAGCGGCUGUGCGCUUCUGGAGCCGGCGCCGCCCCGGACCCCGCCAUAGAGGAAAUCAAAGAGAAGAUGAAGACCGUGAAACACAUAAUCUUGGUGUUGUCUGGGAAAGGCGGUGUCGGCAAAAGCACAUUCAGUGCCCACCUGGCCCACGUCCUAGCGGAGGAUGAAAACACACAGGUUGCUCUCCUGGACGUUGAUAUAUGUGGGCCAUCAAUUCCCAAGAUCAUGGGAUUGGAAGGAGAGCAGUUUCUGGAAGACAACCUGGGGGUGAUGUCGGUGGGGUUCUUGCUCAGCAGUCCUGACGAUGCUGUUAUCUGGAGGGGACCAAAGAAGAACGGCAUGAUCAAGCAGUUCCUCCGAGAUGUGGACUGGGGCGAGGUGGACUACCUCGUCGUAGACACCCCGCCUGGCACGUCGGACGAGCACCUGUCGGUGGUCCAGUACCUGACGGCAGCGCGCAUCGACGGGGCGGUGAUAAUCACCACACCUCAGGAGGUGUCUCUCCAGGACGUGCGGAAAGAAAUCAGCUUCUGCCGCAAGGUGAAGCUGCCCAUCAUCGGGGUGGUGGAGAACAUGAGUGGCUUCGUCUGCCCCAAGUGCAAGAAAGAGUCUCAGAUAUUCCCGCCGACGACGGGGGGUGCGGAGGUGAUGUGCCAGGAUCUGAACGUCCCCCUCCUGGGCAAAGUGCCCCUGGACCCACACAUAGGAAAGAGUUGUGACAACGGACAGUCUUUUCUGACCGAUGCACCAGAUUCGCCAGCCACUUUAGCCUACAGAAGCAUAAUUCAAAGAAUCCAGGAGUUCUGCAGCCUGCAUCAGCCAAAAGAAGAGAACCCCCUGCCUUCCUGAACACAGAAGGACGCAGGCGGCCCCGGGGACACAUGGGUCACAGGAAGGGACCGGCCUGGCCUGGUGGAAGCCACUUUUUCAGUUUCAUCCUCUAGUAUUUGUACGCUCCUUUAGAACAUGUGUAAAGGGUGUUCUACCAAACAUGCCGUUUAAAAAAAAAUAAAAAUGUUUCCUCAAACCUCCCCCAAGGCCUGCUUCCCCUGAAAAGCCGCCAGCUGGCAGGCUGGGGAAUUCUUCUCUGGCGGAAACUUGUCCGAUGACAGAACCUCUCACUGAAGCCACUGCCACUUUCAGAGACGA